AUGGGAAGACUACAAGACAAUCAGUAUUCCGCACUACCACAGCCCAGAAGGAAGCCUACCCACAAAGCAAAGCAAAAGCGAGAUAGAGAACAAGACGAGGCUAAGCUUCAGGCUACUUUCUGCCCGCCUUUGGAUCCUUCAUUAAUUCAAGCUAUUUGGAACGAUUCAUUCAACUAUGACAGCUCGUUUGAGAUUUUAUCAUCCUUAGCGAAAGAAGCAGACCAAGCUCUUGAUCAGCAGGACGUGUUGGCUUCCAUGGAUCAGCUGGAUAUAGGAGGCAGCGAAACUACAACUAAUACUACUGAAAGUGAAGAUGAAAACAUCAACUUUUUGUUCACCUGCUUUCCAACAUUUCCCUUGCAAGAUCUUGUGGAUGCUCUCAAAUCGCAGGACAACGAUGUUGAAAAGGCGACUGAUGUGCUGCUGAAUCGAGAAUUCAUCCAGCAAGUAGAACGUCAAGGCGAUAUCAAUGAACCUACCAAAGCACACAACAAGGCCAAGAAUACAAACACCACGAAAAAGAAGGUGAAAGCGAAACCAAAGACCUCGACUGUGUGGUCUUCUGGACAGCUACCCACCGUCGGUAUAUCUCAAGGACACACAUCACAUCCAGCUGCGCAAUCACAGAACAUGCGAGAGAUCAUGGCGCGAGAAGAAGAAGAUGCUUACCUCGAUAUGGCAACUGUGCCCUUCAAUGUAUGGCACCAAUACGAUGUUACUGUCAAUGAAUUAGAACAUUACUUUUCAAAAGUACCAAAGUAUACAAUUGCCGCAUGUGUCCAGCAUUGUCGUGGCAACGUUAUUGCUUCUGUCAAAGCAAUUAUGGAGAAGCACCCCAACGAAAAGCCAGAACACGAAUUGACUUGGGCUUCAGUCAAGGAUUUGAAUCAUGUCAAGGAAGAAUUGGAGGCUAUCAUGGUGGAUCGCACACCGCAGGACGUGGCUCGUGUAGCUGUAGGUGUCAUCAUUAGCUGCAAGGACCAAAACAAAACGUUGGAUCAAAUGGUGCAAAUGGGUAUAGAACACUUUUUGUCGUUUGAUGUCAAUCAAUUGGCCUUGGAGGCUCGGUUGCAGAAAAUGGCCAAGGAGUCUGAGCUGAUUCGAGCCAAACAAAAGCAGAGAGAGAUGCCUGUGAUACCUGAGUACUUGCUCAUGAACAACCAGACAGACUAUGUUGAAGACGAUCCAGAGGAAUGUCGAGAUAUAGCAAUGCAGCUGAUCAUGGAGAGAAACGAGUUAUUUCGGAAAGCAGCGGCAGCGUAUCGACAAGCGAAAAACAAAGGGCCUGGAGAGGGCGGUAUUGCGUUCUUUUACUCUGACAAUGCAAGACAAAUCGAUAGUCGAGCUAAAGAUUGGAAUAUGCGAGCGGCGAGAGCAACUGUUCGUGGACACAGAUUGAGACAAAACGAUGAUCACUUGUUGGACUUACAUGGAUUGACUAUAGCUGAAGCUCAAGUCCUUGUUAGAGAAGGGCUGAAUCAGUGGUAUUCAAGAAGCCAGAUGCAAUCAUCUCGUCUUCAAUUCAAGCCUUUAAAGAUCAUCACCGGUGUUGGCAAACACUCGCAGUAUGGUGAAUCCAAACUGCUGCCUUCGACGCUAAAGAUAUUAAAGAAAGAGGGAUGGCUAUACGAUAUGCCCAAUCCUGGAUGUAUUUAUGUCAAAGGUAUCAAGCCAACCAAUGGCAAAUAA